AAGAAUCCUAGAAUAAUAAAGGAAAAACACAGAGAUAGAUGUAACUCUUGAUAUUGGCUAACAUAAUUCUGUGUUUGCUUCUGAUUUUCACCAAGAUCUCCAAUUCAGUAUCAGUUAUUGACUAACAAUAAACUUUGGCAAUAAAAUUAACAGUCAUCCUGAAGAAAAAGUCAAAGAGGCUUGUCACUUGGAAGGGGUGAGUAGCUUCUAAAUAUUACAACAGUACCAGGAUUUUUGAAAAUGCUAGUUACUAGUGUAAGGAUCUGAAAUGCUAUGAGCCUUACUUAAAUAAAGCACAUGCACACACGAAGCAGAAUUCAUGUUCAUUAAUCAAAAGCAAAGAAAGACAGAUUGAUAGAAGAAUGAGUUAACUACUUUGGUCAGAAUGUGUGGCAAUUUUAUUUAUCCGAAACAAAGGAGAUCCAGUUACCAGAUAAUGGAAUAAUUCUAACACAGUGAGAAAGACUACAGUUCCAUCUUUGGAAAAAAUGAACUCCAAUGGUUGGGCAGACAAAGCCAGCAAUUACAAUGGUUAAUACAAAGGAUAUAACUAAGGUCUCUCUAGCUCAGUUUCUCAGAUUUUAUAAACAGCCCAUAAGUGAAGAACAAGCCUGGGCUAUUUGCUUUCACUGUUGUUGUAAAAUGAAUGACACAUUAGCUCAAGGACUGGAUUCUGCAGUACAAAUGAAGAUUCCAGAUAUUGAUGAGCUCUAUAUUCAUUCUGACGGUAGUAUAUCUUUCACUACCAAACAUAACUAUGAUGGUCACAUAAAUCAACAGCCAAGAGAGAUUUUAGAAGAUAAGUUGACAGAAUCAUUAGGAAAAUUGAUCUACAAAGCUCUGGAUUGGGGAAUCGAGAGUUAUAUGGAGAGAGAGCUGAGUGAGUCUCUGGCAAAGCUAAUAACAUUUAUGCUCAAACUGAACGCAGAAACCUCCAACAGCACAGUUGCUUUACAGGAUGUAAUCAAGAUCUGUGAGGAUCACUUUCACAAACCAUCAGAAGCUGCCAGUCAUUAUACAACCAUCUGCCAAAUGCUGUUCUCUGAGUACAUUGAGCUUCAGAAACUUACGUUAACCAUACAGAGUUGCAAAGAGUAUUUGGGAAGAAUGGAUGUGGAAGACUGUUCUGCCAGACAGAAGACAAACAAUUCGGUUGGUUUGUGGUAGGAUGUAUUUGGUUAUUUACAGAAAAGCAUGAGACUACAGAAGGUUAUGGGGCAAACUCUGCACAGCAUUCCUCCAGGAGAAGGUAUCCUUUCAUCCUACAGUAUGGUGGUAGAUGAUAUCAAAAACAAACGCUACAGCCUCCAUGCAGUUUCAGUAUGGAAAUUGAAAGAGAAGACCAGUCAAGAGUUCAGCCUGCAUGAGAAGCUUAUGAUGGAAGUGAAAAAUCCACCUAAACUUCGACCAAUCUUUGAACAGAAAAGUAGCAACAAUUAUAAGGGAGAUACUCAGAAGUUCGUCUUGAAUUCUCCAUGUAAUAGUAUCAUCUCUGAACAAAACAUCAGCAUUAACUUCUCAAAAGCUAAAAAAACACAACUGAGCUGCACUCACUCAGAUUUGGAACUAAAAAAGACAUGUUCAAGAUGGUCAUUACCAAGCAUUGUAAAUUUGAUGGGAACAAGAUGUUUAGAAGUAAAAGGCUCCUGCCAAAGAGAAACAAGCAAUCUUCCUUCAAGGGCUGAGCUUUGUUUUGUUUGUCACAACCAAUUCUUUAUAUGGCCCUAUGUAUGUCAUCUCUGCACUAGUGUGAUCUGCAAAGAUUGCUGCAUCAAAAUGUCUAUGCCAGUCAGACCUUGUGUACGCCUUCCGCUUCACUUCUUUAAAAUGAUACACCUGGGCAAAGAAGAUGAUCAGGGCCUGCACAACCAAAAAACUGCACAGCUUGAAGUAGAACAGUGGGAUUCAUCAAGAAUACCUCUUGUGUUUGAACCCCAUUGCUUAACACCACCCUUUGCCUGCCGCAUAAAAAGUAUGAGGGAUUGGCCUUCUGUGGACAUCUGUAUCAAAUGUGAGCAAUACCUUCUGGAGAUGCUGUCCCAUCAUUCUCCUUGCAGAAAAAGACGCCUGUCAUGGACUGAAUUGGAAUAAUGUUUUUUACUGCUGUAUAAAAUUAAA